AUGGCACAUCCUUUGUAUGAAGUCGAAGAGGAGAUACUUAUAAGACUAGAUGUGGAAGAUCUCCUCCGAUGCAAGAGUGUCUGCAAGUCAUGGUCGAGUCCACGUUUCAUUAAAGCCCAUCUCAAUCAUCAAUAUGAUAAUGACCAUGACCAUGACGAUGAAAGAUUUAGACAUCGAAGAAUUACUAUAUCUAAAGAAGCCGAAUACAUUUCAUCGUGGAACUAUGCGAUUGACGACAACUUCUUUGGCCUCAAUGACCGGCAUCUAAUUGGUUCGUCAAAUGGGUUGGUGUGUGUCUCCCCUUCGCCUGCUAAAAUUCUAGUAGUUAAUCCUUCGACUAGAGAGGUACAGAAAGUAACCAAGCACCAAAAUCCUGAAACCGAUUCUCUGUGUUGGGGCUUCGGUUAUGACUCAUCAACAGAUGAUUAUAAACUUGUCUUAGGGUUUAAGAAAGAUGAAAAUCAUACAUGUUUUCAAGUAUUUAGUUUGAGAUCCAAUGCUUGGAAGGUUACCGGGGAAAUUAAUUAUGUUUUUAGUAGCAGAGUCGGUAUCUUAUGCAAAGGGGCCCUUCAUUGGUUGGCAUAUGCAUAUGAUACUUCAUCCGAAAAGAAAAAUGUAAUUCUUUCAUUUCAUUUCUCCGAGGAGAAGUUUCUAGAAGUCCCUAUGCCAGAUGAAGUGAGAUACCACCAGCUAUAUAAUGUUCAACACUCUUCAAUGCGUUUGGGGACUAUGAAUGAGUGUUUAUGUUUAUACCCAAAUGUAUUUAUGCGUAAUGUUUGGGUAAUGAAUAAGGAGCGGUCUUGGGAAAUGUUUGGGUGGGAACGUGCGAUCAAGGAUGAGGCUGUGCACAACAUGAAACUAUUGAAAAAUUACAUUCCAAAUAAGAGGCCCUUGUGUCAUGAAAUAUGGUCUCAUAAUCAUUGGUUGCGCAAAAGUCGGGUGUUCCUCGGAACACCAAUAUACGUGGAGAGUCUUGUGUCUCCCCAUUUUCACAAGAAGUUGCCGAGAAAAAGACGGCCAGGAAUGUGA